AUGCCCUCUUUGCGUUAUAACAUCUACCCUUACCCAUAUGCCUCUCCACCCCCUCCUUCAUUGGUGCCACCUCCUCAUCCUGUCCCACCAUCACCUCCAGUUGUAUGUCCACCACCUCCUACUGGCCCCACAUCACCUCCAACUGUGGGCCCACCGCCUCAUACUGUUCCUCCAUCCCCUCCAAAUGUAGGCCCACCUCCUUGUACUGUCCCACCAUCACCUUCAAUUGUAGGACCACCUCCUCCUACUAUUCACCCAUCACCUCCAAAUGUAGGCUCACCAUCACCUCCAUUUGUGGGACCACCUCCUCCUACUGGUCCCUCAUCACCUCCAAAUGUAGGGCCACCAUCACCUCCAGUUGUGGGACCACCUCCUCCUACUGGUCCCUCAUCACCUCCAAAUGUAGGGCCACCAUCACCUCCAGUUGUGGGACCACCUCCUCCUACUGGUCCCUCAUCACCUCCAAAUGUAGGUCCACCAACACCUCCAGUUGUGGGACCACCUCCUCCUACUGGUCCCUCAUCACCUCCAAAUGUAGGGCCACCAUCACCUCCAGUUGUGGGACCACCUCCUCCUACUGGUCCCUCAUCACCUCCGAAUGUAGGUCCACCAUCACCUCCAGUUGUGGGACCACCUCCUCCCACUGGUCCCUCAUCACCUCCAAAUGUAGGUCCACCAUCACCUCCAGUUGUGGGACCACCUCCUCCUACGGUUCCCGCAUCACCUCCAAAUGUAGGCCCACCUCCUCCUACUGUCCCAGCAUCACCUCCAAUUGUGGGACCACCUCCUCAAACUGUACCACCAUCACCUCCAAUUGCAGGAACACCUCCUUAUACUGUCCCACCAUCACCUCCAAAUCUGACUCCACCUUCAAAUGUGGUCCCACCACCUUUCCUUCCACCACCACCUCCGCUUGGCCCAACCGCAUCUCCCCCUUCAGGCAAUAACCACACGGUCAUAAUCGUUGCGUGUGUGUCGGUAGGAGGCCUAUUCUUCCUGGCGUUCCUAGCAGCCGCCCUAUGUUGUUUCGCCAAAAAGAGGAAGAAGAUGUACCAUGAAGCGGAGGCCGUGGUUGUCGAAGAACACAUGAGCGUGCAAGAGGCUAUUGUCCCUGGCCCACAUGGGGAACAAGUACCAGGGCUAGCCAUCGAGGAGGAAUGCCAGAUUCACGAAGAGAUAGCCGAAGAAGGGUAUCGCCCUCACCCAACACAUAGCCCUCCUUAUGCACAUGUUCAUGGCGCCUCAUCCUCUCUCUCCAACCAUGGAAAUUGUUGA